AAGUUUGGAAAAGUUCGUAAGAAAUUUACGAAACAGUCUUUUCUGUCGAAUUAAACUCUUUAGUUUUUUACAAUUUUACUAUUGUUUUUGUACAAUUAUUUUGAUAUAUUCAAAGAAAUACACUUUAAUAACCUUAGAGUUUGAGAUUGGAGUAAAAUAUUAAUUAAUCCUAUCGAAUUCGUGUGUGUCAUUUCAAUUACAAUGCUCACAAUGAGUAACAUAACCUACAAAUAAUUUGUUUCUAAUAAAAUUAUAAGGAUUAUAAACAUUAUAAAUAAGAAAUAAUUUCUCAGAGUUACAAUUUUCCUAAUUAACAAUGGCUCAACCAUGGAUGAAACGAUUUUACAAACUCACUGUCCAUAGUACUUGGAAGCGAAAACCUUUCUGGCUUCCAAUGGCUAAAUCUAAAAUGUUCAAAAUCCCUCCAAGACCAGUUAUACCCCAGGAAGAAAGCGAAGAAAUCCAUCUUCUUUUCAAUCACUACAGAACAGCUGUUAAUUCUUUAAGAAGACACUUCAUAAAAGUAACCGAAGAAUCUAAUGUGCAAUUGGAUCCAGAAUUAAUAGAAAAGGCAAAGGAAGACGAUUUUUUGGCAUGCUCAGCAAUUAACGAUGAGUGGAAUAAACAGAUAUCAAUUGAGAGAGAUGUACGUUUAGAAGAAGAACGUGAACUAAAGAAGGAAUUCAUUUCGAAUGCCAUCGAAAAGCAUAAAAAGAGAAAAGAGGAAAAAUUGGAAAUUGCCAAAGAAGAAUUAAGAAAAGCCCAGGAAUUAAUUCCAACUUUGAUAACAAGUAGUAAUAUUGAUGAAGCCAUAGAUACACUUUUAAAGAAUGUUGUGAACCAUAAUUAUGCAAUUGACAUCGAUGGAGAAAAAUUCACUGGGACCGAUUAUUAUUCAAUUGAAAAAAAGCAAAAAUCAGAAGAUGAACUUUUAUUUAAAAAACAACAACAGUCAAAUUGAAAAUUUUAUUCAAAAGUUUCAGAAUAAAUUACUUUAAUCGUUAAUCGUAAUGCAACAAUAUAAAUAUAUCAUCCGAACAUCUUUGGCUUAGACACACACGAUUUUAUUCGGUAAAAAACCCUGGAUUGUACAAAAAAACCAAAAAAACGCAUUUUAAUGUAAGAAGAAAAAAUUAUCUAAUCUGUCAUUGAUUAGUAGCAGACUCUAUAUUAUAAGAAAUAAAUUUUCAAAUAUUAAAAACAUUUAA